GGUGACCCUCCAGGGGGUUGGGAAUCGAUAUGAAUACGUCCGCGAAGCGUGCUCAUCGCUGAACCUCUCGGCUACCACGCGAGAAAUUCCCGGCCACGCGAAGGUAGAGUGUGCCCUUGCGCGAAACCGGAAGUACGAAGCGCCGUCACCUCCGUUUCUUUAGCCGCAGAGUGACCGCGAAUUCGUCGUCCCUUGCGCGCGUGUCCGAGAACGGGGACGGGGAUCGAAUCGAGCACGGUCCCGAUAUAUCUCCGGGGGUGGCUGCCUUCGCCUGCCAUUCGCACGCGAAACUCGCGCGCGACGAGUAACCCGGGCGAAGGGAAGUAUUCCAAUUCGUGAAUCUGCUCAGUUUCCAAGUCCGGAAGUGCGAGAAUCGCGGAAGAGACGUCUCUCGCGCAGGAGAGACGAACGUGGAGACUCGUGAAGAAUUGAAUUUGGAACGAAGAAACGGAAGCUUCUUCGACAGCGAGGGAAGGAAGUGUGCAUAGCAAUUGAUUUUGCUUGAUUGUAGUAAAAGAGGAAGAGAGACAGAGAGAGAGAAAGAGAGAGAGAGAGAGAGAGAGGGGCGGACGAAGGACAAAUAGAAGAGUGACGUUCGCGCGAGGAGAUUCGCGGGCGAUCGAACGCGCACGUCGUGGGACCGAGAAAAGGAGAGAGUGAAAAAGAAAGCGAAAUAGAAGCAGAAAGAAAGUAAGAGAGUAAGAGAUAGAGAAAGAGAAGGUGUUCGAUUAGUCGGGCUACGAGGUCGAUCGGGCGAGGACGAUGGCAGUGAGCACUUUCUCAUCGACUUUGCACACCACCGAUUUUGCCACUACGUGUCCCACUACACCCGCGCUCUGGACCGAGGCGGUGCUACCACCCGAAGACGAGGAGGAGAACGUCCUGCACAUCGGCGGUAUCUUCCCCGUUGCCGGAGAGGGCGGCUGGCAAGGCGGCCAGGCUUGCAUGCCAGCUGCGCGCCUGGCCUUAGAAGACGUUAAUCGCGAAAAGAACUUGUUACGCGGAUAUAGACUGCAUCUCCAUUCCAACGAUAGUGAGUGCGAGCCCGGCCUUGGCGCAUCCGUAAUGUACAACUUACUAUACUUUCCACCCUACAAAUUAAUGCUGUUGGCCGGGUGCAGCACGGUAUGCACCACGGUCGCCGAGGCGGCGAAGAUGUGGAACUUGGUGGUGCUCUGCUACGGUGCAUCAUCGCCGGCGCUGUCCGACCGAAAUCGAUUCCCGACCCUGUUCAGGACGCAUCCUUCCGCCACCGUGCACAACCCCACGAGAAUCAAAUUGCUGCAAAAAUUCGGUUGGUCUCGGGUAGCGAUACUCCAGCAGGCCGAAGAAGUAUUUAUAUCAACCGUGGAAGAUCUAGAAGCGCGGUGUAAGGAAGCUGGGAUAGAGAUAGUCACUCGUCAGAGCUUCCUAUCGGAUCCCACGGACGCGGUGAAGAAUCUACGCCGUCAGGACGCGCGAAUAAUCGUCGGGCUGUUCUACGUCGUGGCCGCGAGACGGGUGCUCUGCGAGCUCUACCACCAGAAGCUGUACGGCCAGUCCUACGUGUGGUUCUUCAUAGGUUGGUACGAGGACGACUGGUUCGAGAUCAACUUGGAGAAGGAGGGCAUCACCUGCACGAAGGAGCAGAUGCGGAUGGCGGCGGAGGGGCACUUAACUACCGAGGCGCUUAUGUGGAAUCAGAAUAACGACACGACGAUUAGUGGCAUGACCGCCGAAGACUUCCGAAAGAGAUUGAACAAGCUGCUGAAGGACGACGGCUACGACAUAGAUAACAAUCGAUAUCCGGAAGGAUACCAGGAGGCGCCUCUCGCCUAUGACGCCGUCUGGUCCGUCGCUCUUGCGUUCAACAGAACCAUGGAAAGGCUAAGCAAGAUGGGUAACAGUCUGAAGAACUUCACUUACGAAAACAAAGAGAUCGCCGACGAGAUAUACGCGGCGGUAAACUCGACCCAGUUUCUCGGAGUUUCCGGUUACGUCGCGUUCAGCUCCCAGGGCGACAGGAUCGCCCUGACGCAGAUCGAGCAGGUGAUCGACGGAAAGUACGUUACAUUAGGGUACUACGAUACGCAGAGCGACAAUCUAACGUGGCGGAACGUGGAGCGAUGGAUCGCCGGGAAGGUGCCGCAAGACAGAACGAUAAUAAGAAACGUUUUGCGAACAGUGUCACUGCCCUUAUUCAUAAGUAUGGCGACCUUGUCAGCGCUCGGCAUCGUGAUAGCCAUCGGAUUGAUCGUAUUUAAUGUCUAUAAUAGGCACCGAAGAGUUAUAUAUUCGUCUCAUCCAACCGCCAACACGAUAAUGCUGGUGGGAAUAAUAGGCUGCUUCUUGGCCGUGUUGUGUAUAGGAAUUGACGGUAGGUUCGUGACGCCGUGGCAGUUUUUGAUAGUCUGCCAGGCUAGAGCGUGGACGAUGUCGGUUGGUUUCACCCUGGCGUUCGGUGCCAUGUUCAGCAAAGUGUGGAGGGUCCAUCGACUCUCCACGAAGGCGAAAGCCGAUCAAGGAAAAUCAUUGACGGCUAAACAAAAAGUUUCGUCUAUACAGAAGAAGAUUGAGCCGUGGAAGCUGUACGUUAUGCUGGGCGGAUUGCUGUCGGUGGACAUCAUCCUCCUCGUCACUUGGCGAGUGGUCGACCCGCUGCGACGGAGAAUCGAGACCUUCGCCCUAGAACUGCCUCCUUACGGAGACGAGGACGCAAUGAUCAGACCCGAAUUGGAACACUGCGAGAGCGAUAACAACAGCUUGUGGCUCGGAUUGAUCUACGGCUACAAAGGCAUUGUUCUUGCGUUCGGGCUCUUUCUAUCGUACGAGACGAGAAGCAUCAAAAUCAAACUGAUCAAUGAUUCGAGAUACGUAGGAAUGUCGAUAUAUAAUAUCGUAGUUCUAUGUCUCAUAACGGUACCUGUGGUAAUGGUCAUCUCUAGUCAGCAGGACGCGAGCUACGCCUUCUCGGCGUUGGCCACCAUCUUUUGUUGCUUCCUCAGCAUGGCCCUCAUCUUCGUGCCGAAGGUCAUCGAGGUGAUCAGGCAUCCUAGGGACAAGUCCGAGUCGAGAUACAAUCCAGACGGCGCGGUAUCCAAGGAAGAGGAAGAGAAGUAUCAGAAACUGCUCAACGAAAAUGAUGAACUUCAGAAACUCAUUGCAGCGAAAGAGGAAAAGAUUCAAGCCAUCAAGCAGAAGCUGGCUGAACGCGACGCCCUGAAAGGAACCGGCACGAGUCGUUGCAGGCAAGGUCAGCCCAAGCAAACUUUCAUCGUUGCUGACUAUCCGACCGGCGAGGGAACAUCGGACAGUGCUAUCGGUGGGGGUAUUUCCAUUUGUACAAAAUCCUCCCGCGCUUCCGCUUCUGAUGUUGAGUUUUCAGAAACAUACUUAUAAUCUCGCCACGUACACGGAUAAAAUCAGGCCGCUACGGACGUCCUCAUGCAUUCGCGCGAUACAUUUGGGACCUAAAAUUCUUUUCAAUUGAUCUCGGUGAUUAUUGUUACGCCUCACUUUUAAAUUGAACGGUAUUUCCGGUAUUAUUUGUCGUAAGUAUCGAUGGGUACGUACUUGCGUGUUUCUUCACGAUGCACUUUCGAGCAAUGUCUCGUUAAAAUGGCCGGAGUACACGAUUAUUCACGACAGCUACACUCCAACGCGACGAUAACACGGACGAUGAAAUAUAAUUUUUAUUGAAUGGCUAAAUCUGCACAAUUUAAGGAAAAUAAUGGAACAUCAGAAACUGAGUCGUGAUUUUGAGUUAUUAAAAAAAGCUGGCACAUAUGUUUUUCUCACGCAACUUGCGCACGAUUGAUAAAUUAUGUUGCAUCUUCAUUGAUUGCAGAAUAUAAAAUUUGUUCGGUGAAUACAUAAAAAGUAAUCUAUUGCAACAAUAAAAUAAACGAGUGUUAAUGUCAUGUCAAUGUGAAUGUUAGCUCUUAAUCGAAUUGUUUACAGAAUUUUUUGAAUUGUUAAUUAUAAUUUAUAGUUUUUUCACUUCAGUAAAGAGAUAUUUUAUAGUUUUAGAUCGUUAAAUAUUUAAAUAUACAAAUAGUAUCGAUUAAUAUGUAUAUGUACGUGAAGUAGAAAUUUUUAUCUUAGUAAAUUAGAAACUCUCUUCCUGUGAAUUCAUAUAAACGAAAAACACACGAUCUAAUGAAAUCUUCUGGCCUACACUUCAUGAAAGUUUUAUGAAAGUUGGUCCUAUCUUUCUGACAGCAAUGUGUUCUUCUUUCUAUAAUUAUCUAUUAUCGAUUAAUUAUUUACUGGUAGAACGACAUGUGUAUUUUUAUAUGUAGCCCAAGAGUCCCAUUAGCUGUUGUGUAGACGCUCGAGAUUGGAUGUUUGUGAAAUCAUUAGGUGUAUUUUUCAACACCUGUGAGAAAGUACUCGGAUCGAAGGUACUCGAAUCUUCUUAGCGUAAUACAAUCUUUAUCCUAUGGACCAAGUUACUCCACCGUGGAAUAGCAUUUUCAGAGACGGAGCUUUUGAGUAUUUUAUAUCUUGACUUGUAACUAUUUUAUUGACAAACUAUAUACUCGAAGGAAAAUAUAAAGUCUUUCAAUCAUUAUCGAUUUCAAUUAAAUACACAACUUGAUAUUUUUCUUAAAAAUGUAACGAAUUUUCAAAGAAAAAAAAAUGUUAUAACAGAUAAAAACGAAACGUGUUCGCUGAACGAUAUAAAUUUAACCAAACGUGGUCUUUAAUAAAAACGAAGGAACAAGGAAAUUGGAAUUACAUUCUUAUACCGGUUAUGUAAUUUUCUCGUAAAAGUAUUUAUCUUUCCAAAUAAGAAUACAGAAUAAUAAGAAAGAAUAUAAAUAUAUUUUGAAACGCACAAUAUAUAUAAAUAUAAUGGACAUGUUAUACCUAAAGUAAAAAAUGUAUUAUUCAACCGGUAUAGAUACCGCCGCUGUAAACUGCAAAUUGGAUUUGACUGGCUCAGGAUGAUGUUUAUAACAUGUUUAUCAUUUGUUACAGAGCACGUAUACUUAUUACACGAAGCAACUUGUAAUGUUUACGUUUAGGCCUAAAAAUAAUCUUCACUCAUGUCAUGUGACUCAGUUUAUCGCAGUUAAAUCUCGUUAGAAAAGUGUCGUAUUGAUUGUGUACAGUAUCAAACGUUGUUGUAAACCUCAUGAAGCGUACUCCCAAAUUUGAUGACAUGAAGACAAGAAGAAACCAAAUUACGAAAUUUGGUCCAAUCCGGUUUAAUGACGCAGUUGUUCACAUAGACGCGAAGUGUGCUAACGAGAUUUAAAUGCUUACGAAUUUCGUAUGCCGUUCGUUUAUAAUUUGGGAGUCUUGAUGAGGUGUGAAGUGUUACCAUUACCGUUUAGCAUGUAAGCCAGGACGCACGAUUGUUAAUUUUUGAUGAACGUUUUUUGAACAGAGCAACAUCGGACGCAUGUCGGACCGUUUUGGGAUACUUACACGGAGAAUAGGUGAAAUGUACUUUUUUUUUUUGUCGACUUCCAAAUUAUUUACGGACGCAUUCGGUAUCAGCCAAUUGUCCAUCUGCGAGCUCGCGAGAUUUAUGGUGUUUUGACCUUUUGUUUUUUUAGGCACGCAGCACAUCGCCGAAAUGUACGAACUGCACCGACUAUGAUGCCAAAGCAAUACACACGCAAACGAGCGCUACGCUUGCGACAAAACUCUCUUCUAAAACUAGUAUUAAAUCUACGUGCACGGUCAAUAUGCGAAGCAUACGAGUCUUGGAACACGCCAAAAGUGAGAAUAACUCUCCGUAAUGUCUGAGACACGAUGACGGGAAACCCCGUUAAAGUAACUGUAACUUAUAGUUUAUAGCGGAUGGAAUUGUUUUAUAUGUUUCGACUGCGCCUUAGAAAGAGGAAGGAGAACAAAAAUUUAAGGAAAAAAAAACAAGAAAAGGAAAAGACACGGUUAGGUUGAGACAUGGUACAUGCGUCGCGCGGAUGUUACGGCUGUUUAUCGCGUGUUCUCUCUCAGGCACACAAACCGAAGAUAAUGUGAAAUCUGUCGUCGUAAAUCCCGUGUAUAGACAGUAUUUAAAAAACGGAAUGUAAUUUCUCAUUUACGGUACCUACCACGCGCGCUCACCCACGCAGUAUUUUUUACUGUACUCGUUUUAAUCAACUGCCGCGCAAACGGCGCUUGUAAGUCUAGCAUUAUACAUUAUAACGAUAGUCCUAUCGAACUGUUGACGAAAGUAUCACAUAUAUGUACGUUAGAUUUAUGGAGAUAUUUAUUUUUAAGUUUUUGAAUUAUAAAAUCCGUUAAAAAAAAAAAUCGAAGGCUCUAUCUAUUAUUGAACCCUGGGGAUUGUUUACUCGAUCCGAAGCUCGCGCAGCUCACGAUCGGCGUGAUCGCGAGUGUUCAUAUCUCUACGUUGUUUCUAGAGUUGAGAUUUUAAUAAAGAAAAUUUAAACAAA